UUUUUUUUUUUUUAUCAAUCUAGUGGACUUUAAUGAUAGAUUUUAGUUUUUUUCUGUUCCUGAUUUAGUUGUCGCGUUACUAUUUCAAAUUAGAUUGCAAAUGUGACUAUUAAUUUGGAUAGGAGUAAAUCAAUGUUGAAGACCCACAAAAAAUGAGGGACUUUUGGUAUGAUGAUUGACAAAUUAAAAGUUUGACAUUUUUUUUAUUUGUUAAUGUAUGAAAGUAUACUGUACUUUUUAAACUUUGGUACAGUUUUAUGUGAUGACAUAUUGACAUCUAGACCUGAUUUUUUGGGGGGCUUUUUCGGUUUGUCAUUUUGCUGGCUUGUUUUGAUGUUCAUUGGGUAUUGCUUACCUUUUUGUUCAAAAUUUCUGCUCUUAUUAUCGGAUAUUGCUUACAAGUGUCCGUUUAUUACUCCAUCCGUCCCACUUAGAUUUUUCGUCUACCAAACAUGAAUGUCCUAUUGAGCAAAUUAAGAGUGGACCAAUUUUAAUGGGGCGGAGGGAGUACAUAGUAAUUGAGAGAUGGUAGAGAUGACUUCAAUCGAGCAUUGGAGAGGAAUACACUCUCUUGGGUAUGUUUAGAGAUUAUAAUUAACUCCUCACCUGUCAUUGAUUGGUUGCCUUAAACUUCGAGGGGAUCGUAAAUUAUAGAAUGUUCAAAUUGUGUUGGUAAUGUGAAAUGUAGCUAUCAUAUGUUUCUUUGCUUUAUGGUAAUGUCACGGAAAGAAUUUAUGCUUGACUUAGAAGUUUUUAGGAAUGUAGUUUCUAAACAGAAAGUUUUAAUUUUUCUUAUAUGGCUUAGUUUGGUGCAUCAUGUUGCAUCAAUUAAGGGUGAUAAGUAUUAAAUUUUGCUACAUUUAUCAAUUAUGUGCAGAACGGUGAUCAAUAUUAUUAUAGUCAUUAGUAUAAUUAAAGGUAAUCACAUUUUCAGGGAAAAGUUAAAGGUACUAACUUGCAAAAUGUGUAAUGUAAAAGCUACUUUAAGUUGUAAUUGCUCUAUGAUAGAUCUGUGAGGUACAUAAAUCAUUGAAAACAUGUAAGUUCUUCAUUGAAAGGUGAUUAAUUAUGCUGUAGCAAAGCUUUAGUGCUUGAAAUUCUGUUAGUGGUUCGUUGAUGCUACUUUCUAACAGAAAUUGGAAUGUCAAAUCAGGAGGGGAGAAUGACAAUUGGUGAUCAGGUUCGAGCAUACUCGAUUAAAUCUCAUGGUGCCACAAUAGCAAGAACACACCUCCAUGAUUGGUUAAUACUGAUACUUUUGGUGGUCAUUGAAAUCAUUUUGAAUGUCAUAAGUCCAUUUUAUCGCUUUGUUGGAAAGGAUAUGAUGACAGAUCUUAAGUAUCCUUUGAAAUCAAAUACAGUUCCAGUAUGGGCAGUUCCUAUUUAUGCGGUUUUGCUGCCUAUAAUUAUUUUCAAUAUCCGCUACUUUAGGAGAAGAGAUGUCCAUGAUUUACAUCAUGCGGUUCUAGGCCUGUUGUAUUCAGUGCUCAUUACCGGCGUCAUUACAGAUGCUAUUAAAGAUGGAGUUGGCCGACCUAGACCUGACUUCUAUUGGCGCUGCUUUCCUGAUGGCCAGGAUUUAUAUGAUCCCUUGGGUGAUGUAAUAUGCAAUGGCGAUCCUGCUGUGAUAAAGGAGGGGCACAAGAGUUUUCCCAGUGGUCAUACCUCAUGGUCUUUUGCAGGACUUGGAUUUUUAUCGUUUUAUUUGUCAGCGAAAAUCCAAGUAUUUGAUCAAAAGGGGCAUGCAGGCAAAUUAUGUGUUGUGUUCCUCCCUCUCCUUAUGGCAGCCCUUGUAGGUGUAUCUCGAGUUGAUGAUUACUGGCACCAUUGGCAAGAUGUCUUUGCAGGAGGUUUACUAGGCCUUUUCAUUUCUUUCGUUUGCUAUCUCCAAUUCUUCCCUCCACCACAUAGCACCAAGGGUUGGGGACCUUACUCAUAUUUUAGAGCAGUUGAAGAAGAGAGUCAAGCAGGCAGUUCUACUACAAACGGAAUGAAUCUGGCAUUGGUACAUCAACGACAGGAUCACGAAAUCACUAUUGGAUGAUAUUUUUUCUUUUUUGCUGUCAAAUGAUCUAUACCUGUUACUUUACCCUCGAUCCAGACUCUGGAAUUUUUUUUUUGGGUGUUUAGAGAGCCACAAAGACAGGUGAUGAGAAAUUGAGAAUCGAUCCCAACAUCUCUUGGAAUCGAGAGGGAAGCUCUAACCACUUGAGCUUUCCCUCACUCUCAUUCUGACUCUGGAAUUAGGUGUUGCAAUUGUCAUAAAUAAGAAUAUGAAACGAGUUUUAUAUAAGGAUAAAAAAAAAAAAAAAAAAAAAAAAAAGAGAGAGAGAGAGAUUGUUGAACCAUUUGUUGAACCAUUUCUAUCUUUUUGUAUCGUCAUAUCGCUUGAUUUAAGCAUUGCUAUAUUGAAAAUCUUAAUUAAAAAAAAAAAAAAAAAACAUGUUGGAGUUAUUCCUUUAUCAUUGCUAAAAGAUCCGAGUUUAGUUUGCUUCAAUAUAACUUGAGAAAUUAUUGUCCCAGAUAGACAAAAUAAGAAGCCUUUACUCACUUUAUAUAUCUUAACCUUGGUCAAUCAAAAACUGACUUGGACACUGUUAAUUAAUGUCACAACUCAAUUUAGAUGAUUUAAUUAGUGCUAUUAUUUAAAUUUACUACUGUACUACAUUAUGAAAUGUGGCAAUUUUUUUGGAAUUCAAGCUUCACUUUAAUCACUUAUCUUAUGUUCUUUGUAUCUAUUUUUUUGGAACUCAAGCUUCACUCUAAUCACUUAUCUUAUGUUCUUUGUAUCUAUUGACUAUUAAGAUAAAUUUUAAGAAUUCAAUUUUUUUUUUUUUUUUUUUUUUGGAACCUUAUAAGAAAAUCUUAUUUGAUUAGAGUACUACUAGAUUAUACUUUUUUUCUUUUUUUUUUUUUUUUGAACAAGAGUACUGGAUUAUAUGAAAAAAGUAAAUUAAAUUUUGUAAAAAAUUUCAAGAAUAAUAUAUUUUCAUCACCUGAUUAGAUUUGUAAAAAGUAUACUUCAAUUUAAAACAUAAUUCACAU